UCCGUCUCUGGUGUGAGGGCAUUGUGCAAGAGUGGGAACCGGGAGAGAAAGUGCUCAAAGGAACACAGUGCACGUGACGGCCCUGCAAAGACAUGUCAACACAAACGAUUUUCCUCCUGUGCCUCGUGCUCGUCUGGGCGGAGUGCUAUGACCCGGAGGACAAGCUGAUCGACACGGUCCUCCCUUCGAAAGAGACGAGGUUCGAAGCUUUCUACCCGAGGAAGGCGUACGGACUGCCCAACGGUUCGUCGAGGCCGGCCCACGGACACGGGACCUUCUACAGCCACAGGAACCCGGCCCUGAUCGACACGGCCAACUCGCCGGCGUACGGAUACAGAUUCGACGGCUACAGGCGGUUCAACUUCGACUAAACUGUGCGCUUUACAAUUCAACAAACUACCUCCACGACAAAUCAAAACGUUUAACUUUUUAAUAACUUACACCAAAAAUUGCUACUUUAGCUGUAGCCGUACAGCUUUCUAAAACUGGUUUCAACCGUAAAAAUUAGGGAAAAUAUACAACAAUUUUAUAAUUUCAAAUAAGUUCUCAAAAGUAUAAUACAUCUUUUUUUAUCGAACACUAUCAAAACUUAAUGAAUCUACCCGAAACACCCGUCUUAAAAUUAACCCAACAAAAUAAUGAACACUUUCCACCAUAAAAUGGUGCCUUUAUGUAUUUCCCUAUUUAAUCCUUUGUAAUUAAAUAGUAAGUAAUGGUUUUGUAUUUCACCACUGUUAUACAAUAUCUGCUGUCUUUGCAAGAUGUAUUAUUUGGUUUAUAAUAUAAAUUUUAUUUUAUAUCAUAACCUAUUUUUAAAAUAAAUAAAAAAACUGUUUACUUUGUCUAUAUCUUGUUAUAGUCAUAAAUUAUAUUAUACCGUUAUUUUUUAUUAAUAUAAUAUUCUUAAUAUACCAGAGAGUGUAAAAAAAAA